CUUCGAGAAAAAUUAUACGAACGCCUCGGAGGGCAUGUGACGAAUCUGAAGUAUCGAGAUGACAAUACCAUGGAGCUUCUUGCACUCAACGAUGAUAACGACUUAAAUUACGCGAUAACUAGUUGUCCAAAAUUAUUACUUUACGCGGAUUAA